GCCGGGAUAUCAGGAUCGCAUUGUUCAACGUGGUUGGGGACUUUGCACAUAACCGCACCACACGUACGGAGCUGCGUUAGUCAGACGGCAAGGAUUUAGUGAGAUGUCUGAGUUGCCACGUAAGUUCAGGAUGUAAAGAAUAUACUAUUGAAAGGACGAAAGGAUGCUGUACCUGACCAGCAGAAAACUGCUAGUGCAAGCUUGUCUACCUAUCCUGCAUCUCGACCGGUCGUACUCGCUAGGAGAUGUGCCUCGCUGGGCGAGAUCGCUGUUGCUGCGCGCAAUGAAACUUCUCGGCCCUACGGACUGACUUACCAUGGCUGCUGCAUCAGCUGGCGUCGUCGUCGGUGAGAUGGCAGCCCUUGAAGACCUUCAAAAAGAGGUGCACGUCGCAAUACGAGAAAGAGGUUUCUCCAGAGCGUCCAGAGAACGUUGCAUCGAAAGGGUGAAACGCUGCCUUGAUGCUGUACCCGCUCAUGUCGAGAGGAUAUGGCCUGACCAUGACACACAGUCCAGACCUUCUGCAAUGUGCCAAGCAAUUAGACAGAAGGCAUUUGAUGUCUACUGCCUUCUCUUGUCCCGCGGGUGUCAGUUCAAAAAUGCCAGGGAACGAAUGAAAUGCUUUGAUGACGUAGGACCAAUACAAAAAUCGGAGCUUCAGUACCAGUUAACUCGUUUCGCACGGCGUAACCAGGACGCUCACGUGGACUACCUCAAAAGUAGGUCUUUCAGCGUACCACCUCACGAUGGCUUUACCGAGGAAGUCGACAGCCUGUACAGGGAACUUGAUGGAGAUGCCCUGAUAAGAACGGUUCUCCAAGUAGCAGCUACAUCAGGGUACCUACGCAUCUUUUUUGAUUUUGCCAGAGAAGAUGUUCAGUGCAUGGCCGCGCUGCGUAAUGAACAGACUUAUGGAUUGACCGAUCCCGAGAGACAUACUAUCUAUAUCGCGGCAAACAGGAAUCGAGGGGACGUUCUCGGUACAUUGGCACAUGAACUGUGCCACUUGGCAGUUUCCUUGGCUUACGAAAAUGGAGGCAAACCUUAUCGGUCGGACGAUCGUCAGGGUCGAGAGCACUAUCAGAGUGUCCUUGAAGAGACGAUGGGAAGAAACCCUGAAGAAAUUAUCUUGAGAGACGCAUUCGAAAGCGAAAAAUCGGAAGAGGAGCUGAUCGUGAGAGUGCCACACGUUCUCGCGAAAUAUGGGCAUGGCGGUGUUAAUCGUCUGAACGAGAAUGCACCGAGCUUGUUCCAACAUUUCAAGAGUGUUUUCAUUCCGGACAUGGAAAAUUACCUCAUCAGAUUUCGCGGUGAAAUAGAUGACAAGAAAACGAGCCAUACAAAUGCAAAAUUAGGCAAAGCUUGCAAGACUGAUGACCUUGGGGUCACCUUUACGGAGGUCCCUAGCCAAGAAGAGUUGGUGGACGUCCCGCUCCUCGUACUCACCGCUCCAAACUUGACUCUCCUGGAAGUAAUGGUUCACGACCUCCUGAAGGCAACGAAACUGUCGUACCUGUUCCUCGAAGCACAAAAGUGGAACGAUGCGGUGGAAACGCUGUUGUCAAAGGACAAGUGCGACGUUGUGCUCCUCAGCAACCCAAGUAACGCUGUACCAGAAGACAGCUGCGACCGAAUGGCAGACAUCUUAAGCGAGUUAAGUGAAACGCGGGGAACGAGAGUUAUUCACCUCACUACGAACGAACAGAUGGAUCUCGUAGCGAAAACAUUGAGAAGACAGUCAUUUUUGAGUAUCAACACGGUGUCACAUGAACAGAGGAAAGCUUGCUUUCUAAACGUUGCGGAAGACUGUAAAAGGAACGUUUUGAGGCGUUCCUGGAUCAACUUCCAGGGCUCCCGCGAAAGACUCUCAAAAUGGGAAGAGACGGAUCUCAACAGUCUUCUCAGUGCCAUGGAUGAAGACACUUUUAUGGCUUUGUGCCAGUCCAACGAACUUAAUGUAGGUCCGCAAUUACGGAGAGACACCGAAGGAUAUUAUGUGACGAGAACGUGUCAGAGAUGGAGCUCCUACAAAGAGACACAUUUAAUGGAAACAAAUGAGAAGAUCAUUGCUGUCACCGGCGCCCCAGGAAUGGGUAAGACUAGGCUGGCGUCUAGAAUAGCUAAAAUGAUAAAAGAAAGCGGAAACAGAGAAUGGGUGCUCCACGUCGACCUCCCGAAAGUCAGCAAAAAGCUCAAGGCGCUGAAUGCCGAAGAUGCCUGCGGUGACCUAGAGAAUUUCGCAGAAGUAUGCGGAGUGAAAAAAGCUGGAUUUGAGUUUGCUCUCUUCAAGAAGACCAUCAGAGAAGGCAGUCCUUUCAAGGUUGUGCUUAUCUUGGAUGCUGUGGAUGAAAUGUGCGAAGAUGAUCGUAAAAAGCUCUUACGCUUUUUACACCUUCUUGUUCUGGUUCGCAAAGAAGUUUCCAAGGUGUUCGUCUUCAGCCGGUCUGUGUUCAAGGAUGAACUACGAGAAGCUUUGUCAUCAGAACCUUACGAACUUCUGCCUUUCACGGUGCAAGAACAAGAGACAUUCCUUAAACAGUACAAGGAGAGAACAACCCAGGGUCCAGUUACACACCAAGAACCUUCUGCUGUGCAUAGGUUACAAGACGUAUGGCGCCUGUUAAAGGAUGACGAAACGUUACUAGGCAUACCAUUUUUCCUCCGCAUGGUAGCAGCUCUAGAUCACGGAGAAGUUUUUGACGACAUUGAUUCUGAUGUGCUAAGAAAGGUAUUCGAGUCCACUGGCAGCGAAAGGUACCUCAGUAUUUACGAGCUGGCUACAGAAUAUAGGUACUUGCAGCACAGAAAAGAAAAAAAGAAAGAAGACAUUAGCAGAGCUUGCGUGGAAGACGAUGACGUCAUUUUGAAGGGACAUUUCUACAGCAGUCACCGUGCACUCGCGAUGAAGGCUGUCUUCGAUAAGAAAUUGUGUGAAGAUCUUCUGCAUGAAGACGAGAAAGAGUCCAUGAGUCUUCUAAAUAAAGUAUCAAAAAAUCUCUUAAAGCACGGUCUUCUAGACGGACUACGCGACGAUAGACCUGUGUUCAGUCCCCAAAGCAUAGCAGAGUUUUGGGCAGCAGAACGUCUCUUCGGCAAGAUAUCUUCCAGUGGAAGCGAUACUUUGCACCGUUUCGUAUUCAGCAUGUAUGGACAAGGUAGUUGCAAAAGAGUUACGGGAUUUUUCGACAGCUUCGGAAUGAAAUCAAAUGAAUUUCAUUUUGCCGUUAUGAACAGAAACGUGUCAUAUUUAAGAAAUUGUGCCCGUGACCAGGACCGUGACAAGCUUGAACGAAAUCAAUGGCACAUCGCCGCACUGCAUGCUGACGAAGACACUAUAUCGGUGCUUUCUUCUACUGAAACGAGAUCACUAGAAGAGAAAGACAAGUUAGGUGUUACACCGUAUGACUAUGUGCUUCAACUACACGAGUGGACUAGACUGCACUCAAUCUGCUCUCAGUGUAGUAACGGAGGUGUCUGCAUUGCACCUGUGAACAACUCUUCACCGCACUUCGUUGAGCGUGAGCUGAAGGAUCUGCAACAGUGGCUUCUGCGUGAACAGCGUGUUUAUUGUCCUAGUAGAUCUUCUGGUAAGGCACUGUUUUUUCACGUCGAGUCACCGGUGGCACUGAAAAGGCUUACGUCUUCCUGCUGUCACUAUUGCUGGCAAACAGAACGUAUUUCUAGAGUUCUAGAUGAAACAAGACACAGAGUGCCAUACGAGAACGACAACCACGCCGUCUGGACUGCUGUGACAAAGCACGUUCCGCACUCCAUCGUAGAUAAUACCGACAGGGCUGCAUGCGCGCACCCUGGAGCUAAAUGUCAGUGCUGGGCCGUCUUGAUGUUCGUGCUACCUGACCCGAAUCGCUCGGGCCUGUAUGAAGUGCAACGAGGGUUGCAAUUCAUUCACAUGUGGUUUGGUCUAAGUACCGGCUGCCGAAAAAGCGAGAAAACUGCGAGCGCUCAGCGAUCCGAUACUAGCCCUACAGAUGACGAAGAGUCUUCGGAUAAAUGGAUAGACAAUCGAACGAAUAUCCACAAGGCCAUAGAUGAAAGGAAUGUUGAUGGUGUCAAAAAGUGUCUCCAGUUCGCCCCCCAUCUCAAGCUCUGGCUGCAUCCGUCAAGUGACGAGACAGCGCUCCACCGUGCGGUUAAAAAACAAAGGAUGUCCAUUUACCGCCUUCUACGGGAACACGGGUGCAUCAUGAGAGACGAAGAAACGGCAGAUUGCUGUCACGAAACCGCAAACGUUGAAGCCUUUACGCACCGGUUCUACGAUGACAACACGCUUCAAACGCUGAGAAGUCACACAGAAAGCCGCCCAGAAACCGCAGACAACGAGCGAAGAACAGAUGACUUCUAUCACGCCUUACAGGCUAAUGAUUUGCUCAGGCCCAUGCUCAGUGUAUCAGGGACAUCACAACGUGUGAACGUCAUCCUGAAUUACGAUAUGGAGAGCAUUGACACAGUCGAGGGGGCCCUGGAAAACCCCAACCAUGGUUUCGCUAAUUUGGAGACAGAAACUAUUUGCGUCGCGGCUAAGAGGGAUAAAGGUGAAGUUCUUGGAACUCUUUCCCACGAGUUCGGUCAUUUGGCCCUCCAGUUCGUUUACAGAAAUGGUGGUAAGCCAUACUUGCUAACAGACAGGGAAAGGGAACUGCUCUAUGACACAAUACUAUAUAACAUCAGGAAGAACCAAGAUAAAAUGGACUCGCUUCUUAAAGACUUGCCGAGAGAGCACGAUAAGGAAGAACUAAUUGCCUAUGUUCCUCAUCUCCUCGCCCAGUAUGGUAGCCCCGGGGGUGAAAACAUUUUGGAGAAGGAAGCACCAGAACUCUUCGAUUUCUUUAAGAACGUGGUCAUCCCCGAUAUGAUCGCUUACACGAAAAACAGGUUCCCUACGCGAGAUCAAGCGAGAAUCGAGGUCGAAAAUCGACGUCUUAGACACGCCGAUCAAACGGAAGACCGUCAGGUGAAGUUAAAGAGAGAUCUCGACUACCGUGACCUUCCAGAUGCUCCAAUUCUCAUCCUUACGGCUCCGCACUUGACAGUGCUAGAAAUAAUGGCUUACAACGCUGUUAAGUCUACAGAGCAGACGCACCUGUUUUUCAUGUCUUCGCAGUGGAACCCUAGGCUCCAAGAUGUUUUGCUUUCAAACUGUUGCAAGUGUGUGUUGAUAACUUGUGAUCAGGACGCAGAUAUCCAGAACAUGCUCGAACUCUUGAUUGAGCUAAAUGAAGUGGCUGGCACGAAGGUGAUAUUACUCGCACAGGAAGACAAUGUCAAGAACAUGGUCCGAAGGCUUGAGGGGCACCCUUUCCUCGCGAACGUUCACAAGGUCAUGAAUGUUUCAUGCGCCCAUUUGGACACGGUUAAGGAAGACACAAAACGUGAAAUUCUGCGAACAUCGCGAAUAUGCUUCCAAGGUUCUCCGAGACUGCUGUCGCUUGAAGACCUGCUAGAUUUAGAUGACGACGUUCAAAUCCCCGAUGAAGUUACCUCUUUACUGUCUUGCCAGGCCAAAACGAUUGAUAUAGGAAUGCCUGUUCCACGACUUGACCAACGUGAGUGUUAUGUUGAGCGAAAGUGUCACAGAUGUAAUGCAGUUGACAUCAAAAAUCUUCCAUCCAGCUCUGAUGAGGCCUUUGCAUUCUGUGGAGAUAAAAUCUCAAAAAUUCGACGUGUCCUGCCUCCUGGACAGCAUAUUUAUUAUUUUCACUUCGUACAGAAGUUUGACAGGUAUGUGUAUCUUGAUAGCAUUGAUGAAUAUAGGGUCCUGGUGAACACGAAGUUCUAUAAAGAGAAAGUCGUGCACCUACUUCAGUAUGACGCUUCAUCCCAAAGCUUCCUCUUGAUCAAGUCCAAUGGUCCUACGAGUCACCUUCCAGUUACAGGAAAACAUACCUGUAGUGAGGUUGAUCUGGUGAACAAGGAGGGGGUUGUAGUUGUCUGCGGAUUACCAGGGAUGGGAAAAACUUCGCUUGCACUUCGGCUGUGCAACAUGACCAAAGAGAAAAAUGAGAAGAACUGGGUGUUGUACGUUGACCUUUCGAAAAUGAACCGAUCAUUAAGAUCGCUGGAAAUAGGUGAUGCACCCGGGCUACUCAUGCGAUUUGCGGCGCUAUGUGGCGUGAAAGAAAAAGGGCUCGAGUUUAUGUUAUUCCAACGAAGCAUCAAGACUGGAAGCCCUUUCAAAGUGACAGCAUUUUUUGACGCGUUUGACGAAGUCGAAGAAAGCAGUCGGAAAAAUGUCCUCCUCGUCACAAAGCUCUUGACAAGCACAAAGGCAUGCACCGUAUUUAUUUUCAGCCGCAACGUCUUCAAGACUGUGUUACAGGACACCUUACAAGUGGUACCCUUUGAGCUAUGUCCGCUCGAAGAUAAAAUGGCAUUAGAAACAGCUCGCGAUGAAGUAUGCCUGAAACGACAAAUGGUGCAGGUCGCAUUGCUGGCGAUGGGGCGAGAACUUUCACGAAAUCCUCUCCUACUACGAAUGACAAUGGGGCUAAUAGAAGACAAAAUCCCGGAUGAUUUCUUGAUUUCACUCGAAAUUCGAACUGGUUGUAAUGAAAACAUUGCAACGUUGUUCAGAAAGCUUGUAGAGUACAAGUGCAUGAUUUACAAAAAAGAAAAAAGAAGUGACGAUGUGCUCCUUCCCGCUGUGCAAGACGACUAUGAUGUGUUGGGAAAACAGUUCUACCAUGACCACGAGCUCCUUGCUGCUAUGGCUACGUUGGGUGACGAACUCAGCAAGCAGGUGCUGACUGAUGAAGAACGGGAAGAACUGGAGACACGUGUAAUGAAGCUUGUCCCUGAGAAUCGUUUGAGACAAGGCUUUAUUGAUGGAGAAAUCAAUGGGCACGCUGUGUUUGUAAGCGAGACAUUUGAAGCGUACUUCACGGCACGGCUGCUCUCCUGCAAGGUAAGCACAAAAAGGAGUCCCAACACUACGAGAAUUGUUCGAGACAUGUACUCGGGUGCUACCUAUGGACGCUGUAUUGUUCAUCUCGGUUGUCUUGAAGAAGCCAUCUCCAUGAGCGUUGCAGCCCUGAAGGACUUCAGGGCCACGUGCCCGACACCCAGCAGCACAUCCACGUUUGUUGAGCAACAGACCUCAAUAGACGUUGCCAGCAAGAAGGUUUCCCAAGGAAUGGAAGAGCAACGCAAUUACGAGCAAUACCUCGACAUCCUGCGUUACCUAGAGAAAGCCAUCUACAAACACCUUGAGCCCUUCAUGUUGAUUACACCAACAACGUGUUCGAAGUCCAGGACUCGAUUCAGCGUACGCAUUGUUGGUACAGAUAACGUCGAAUCCGAGAGUCUCACCGAGGUAGAGUCUGAUCAAUGCAGCUACCAGCAGACCAAAACUCAAGAAGACCUUCCUGUCUGUCGUCUCGAGGACGCGAUGUUAGACAGCUUUGAAAUCCUGGGCGACUUGAUCGCAAAACACUCGAAAUACGAUGAAGAGCAGAACGUCCUCGAUCUGAAAUUCUGGGAAAGUAUUCUGGAAGCCUUUAAGCUGGGUGACAACAUCGGCGUCCUCAGCAAAUUCCGUACCUUUGUGCACAGCGCGGCUACUAUCUUGGGGCGCCUCAGAGAUACGUACUCAAAAUUGAGUUCUACAGGCGAUGAAGCUGAUGUAGAGAGGAAGCGCAUCGUGGACAAGUCCUCGCAAGUCUUGACAUUCUUUGAUAGUUCCGGAGCUGCAUGUUGCUCGAUUCAUACCGCCAUCAUCAAUGGUGACUCUGUGGAUAUCAAUGAAGAAAGUAUGAACAUGCUUGACGAGCAUGGAAGAACUCCGCUUCAUGUGGCAGCAUUGUAUGCCAGCCCAGAGACCUUGAAGAACCUUCCACUGACUGACAAGCUGCCCCGUAAAGACUUGUUGGGCAUGACGCCGCUGAUGUACGCCGACAUAACCUGUGCAUGGCGUCGCUUAGAUAUACUAUGUGAGCGUCACAAGGACGACAGCAUCAAGUGGGACGAUCAGAUUUCGACAGUACGUAGAAAUAUUAGGACAGAAAAUCGCCUCGACAGGUCUGUGCUGUGCGAGUGUAUCGAAAUGGAAUUGCACCAUCUCUUAAGCAUAAUCCUCAGUCAGUUUUGCUCAUUGGUUUAUCACGGCGAGGAGAGAAACAAAACUCCGGAACGUGUACGUGUCGAUUCCAAAAGGGGCGAUCGUGGUGAGACUCCUCUCUUCAGGGCUAAGUCGUCGAACGUUUUCCUGCUUCUUCUCCCUUACUCUAAUCUUGAGGCCGUGGAGAGCGGGAAGCGUACACUACUGCAUCAAUGUGCCAUGAAAGGACGUGUGGACAUUGCCAAACGUGUUCUCAUUCGGUUCGCGACCAGCGGAGGUGAGACGUGGCUCGAUACGCCGCUUGGCUUGGCCGUUCGGUACUGGCAACACAAUGUCGUGAAUCUGCUGAUACCACAUUUCCCUGCUGACGUUGAGGCUAUUUGUAUGAGGCUGCAUGUAUGGAUAGACUCCGCAACUCGGCUCUACGAACGCCACCUCUCAAUAUUGAAGUUGCUUCAUCCUCAUUCAAGCGGUUUAUUUCAACAAGGUGUUCCUAACACAAUCACGAUGUGUAAUGACUGUGACUCUAUUUUAUACUUACUUCCUUAUUUGAACGUCCAUGCUACUGUUUUUGAUCGGUAUGAUCACUAUGAAUUAUUCGAACAUUCUGAGAGCUAUUAUCGCAAACGCAGGGGCAUGGGGACGUUGCGCAUUAUUAAGGUGAUAAAGCUGUUUCUCUUGCAUUCACUCGUAAGUGACUGGGCAAUGUUCAUGGCAGGCGCUGAUGACGAGAAUUUAUGUGACAUUAUAAAACCGGUGCUUCCACAUUGUGACGUUAGCGAGAUAUGCAACCUGGUGCAGUUCUUAGAGCCACGUAAAGGCAGAGAAUACGUGCUUCAAGUAUUACGCCGAAUGAAACAUAAAGUAUCACGAUGUGAUGUGGUGUGAUGUGAUGUGAAUAAAGAAAAAAAAGGAGUAUUACCUUAACGCGUCUCCGGAAGAGUUUGUACGAUGGAAGAUUGAAAAUGUCGUAGUUCCAACUCUGUACUGAACUCAACCUCUGAAACAAUAAAAUCUUGUUGGUGAC